CUCGGCUUCCUCCCCGUCCCCCCCACUCUCCAAGGCGGCCGGCUCAUCUGGGAGUCCCACCUUCCCCCAGGUUCCACUCUCUCGGCUUCCUCCCUGUCCCCCCCUGACUCCGGUCUGGCUGCGUCCCGAGAGGAAAGGCCGGUGAGGGUGGGAGGCGAUACCUGGCCAGCCUCCAGUCUCCGAAGGGGAAGGCGGAGGUGUCCCGUCCUGCCAUUGGCGGGUGCCCGCCUUUCACCUGCGGCGCGCCCAGCCCGGGUCUGCCCUGCCCUCCCUCGGGCAAAGUCCUCCGGUUUGGCUCUCCAAGGUGGUCGCUGCGGUCCCGGAGGGUACGUGCCUCCUCCCGCCCCGGAAGGACGCCCGAAGCCCCGUGGGGCCCCUUCCCCGCCGGUCGAGCCCUCCGAGCUGCCACGAUGCCGCUGGGACUGCCGGGCAAGAAGAAAGCCAUGUCCAAGGACCUGUCCAAGCUGAUGGGGGCCGAGCCGGCGGCCCCGAAAGCUGCGCAGCCCGCGCCCCUGGAGCGCCAGCCCAAGCCCUCACUGGUAUUCCAGACGCAGCUGGCCCACGGCAGCGCCACGGGCAGAGUGGAGGGCUUCUCCAACAUCCACGAGCUGUACGACAAGAUCGCCCAGGCUUUCGCCAUCCCGCCCUCCGAGAUCUUGUACUGUACUUUAAACACUCCCAAGCUUGACAUGGAAAGACUCUUGGGAUCCCAACUGGGGCUGGAAGAUUCCAUAUUUGCCCACGUGAAAGGAAUUGAGAAAGAAGUGAGUGUGUGUAAGUCUGAGGACACCCUUGGCCUGACGAUCACGGACAAUGGCGUUGGUUACGCGUUUAUAAAGAAAAUUAAAGAUGGCAGUCUGAUGGACUCUGUGAAGACCGUCUGUGUGGGGGAUCACAUCCAAGAGAUCAAUGGGGUAAACAUCGUUGGCUGGAGGCAUUAUGACGUUGCAAAGAUGCUCAAAGAGCUCAAGAAGGAACAGUUGUUUUCGCUGAAGUUAAUAGAGCCCAAGAAAGCUUUAGAAAUCCAGCCAAGAUCCAGGGCCGGAAAGACAGCAGCCGGAAGCAAGACCUCUGGCAAGGGAACUUUGCGACUGAGAUCCAAAGGCCCAGCCACCGUGGAAGACCUGCCUUCCGAGGCAGAUGAGAAGGCCAUUAAGAAGGUGGAUUGUCUUCUGGAAUCGUACAUGGGAAUCCGAGAUAAUGACCUAGCUACAACAAUAUUUGAAGCUGGAAAAGACAAGUUGAAUCCAGAUGAAUUUGCCGUAGCACUGGAUGAGGCUCUUGGAGACUUUGCAUUUCCAGAUGAAUUUAUCUUUGACGUAUGGGGUGUCAUUGGAGAUGCCAAGCAAGGGCGAUUACAAUGAGACUCAAAGCUUUUCUUUGGAAAGCCUAUUUUAGUAGAAAUUCUAAUGUUGAUUUCCUGAAACACCACCACCUACGUUGAAUGAGAUUUCUAAUGCUAUUGUAAGCUCUAGGUUGAUUGGGUUUGUGUAUUUGUGACAUUUGUUUCUAAUGAAAAAG